AAAGUGUCGAUGAAGCAGUGCUGCCACUCGUAGAAAAAUUAUCUUCCAAGCUGUCAGAAAUCACGUCGCAGAAGUUGAUUUUUCACGAAAAAGAUCACUCAAAAAGUUGCUGUAGGGUCAAUUUUGUGUGAUAAAAGUGGUGCGUGACACCUGGCCAUCAACACAUUUGCUCACGAGUGCAUUUCCAAGCUGGUUGUAUUCCCUUUAUUGUGCAUUUUUCCACCAAUCCGGCUUUUCUCAUCCAGCACAGAGCAUCAGAUUGUUGACGGUUCAGUGAAGUUCAAUUUGAUCGGCUUCCAAAAUGGGCAAUGUCUUUGCGAAUCUAUUCAAGGGGUUAUUUGGGAAAAAGGAGAUGCGGAUAUUGAUGGUAGGAUUGGAUGCAGCUGGUAAAACCACAAUUCUGUACAAACUUAAAUUAGGUGAAAUUGUUACAACGAUUCCCACAAUUGGUUUCAACGUCGAGACUGUAGAAUACAAGAAUAUUAGCUUCACAGUAUGGGAUGUUGGCGGUCAAGAUAAGAUUCGACCACUGUGGCGGCACUAUUUCCAAAAUACACAGGGUCUCAUUUUUGUGGUCGAUAGCAAUGAUCGGGAGCGUAUUGGUGAAGCCAGGGAAGAGUUGAUGCGUAUGUUGGCUGAAGAUGAACUUCGAGAUGCUGUUUUGCUUAUAUUCGCCAACAAACAGGAUCUGCCAAAUGCAAUGAAUGCCGCAGAAAUAACCGACAAGUUAGGACUACAUUCACUGAGAAAUCGCAAUUGGUACAUUCAGGCAACGUGUGCAACGAGUGGUGAUGGUCUCUAUGAAGGUCUCGAUUGGCUAUCCAAUCAACUAAAGAAUGCCAAUCGCUAAGCAAUUUUGCUAGGUGGGCUAUCAGAGAAAGAGACAUAUUUUUUCAGAAAAAAAAAAUGAAGAUGAUUAAAGUGUAAAGUUUGCAUUAGAAGGAGGUUAAAAAAAACAUAACAGCCAGAGUGAAGAACAAGUGAGGGAAAUUAAACCCAAAUUGUAUGGUAUAAAAAACACAAUUUAGAGAAGGAUGAGACAAACAAUAGCAAAAAGAGGGAUUUAAGAACAUUUUUAUUUAUGAAUGAAAAAUAGCACGAAAGGAUUAAAAAAAAGUUUAAAAAAAUGCGAAAAAAACAACAUGGCGGAAAGAUGGAGAAUACACUUAAACACUUUAGAAGAUGGAUUUAUAUAGAAAUAAUAAAGAUACAGAAAUAUUUAAGUUAUAUAUAAUGAGAAAAAAUGUGAGCAAAGAGAAAAUAAUCAUUCACACAUCAAAAAAAUGAGAAAGAAGGAAACAGAUGAGAUAAAAAGAAAACCACAUACACAUAACCAUAAUUUGUGUAAAUUUUAAGAAUUAUUAUAAAGAAAAAAAAGUAAAAUAUAUAAAUAAAAAAAAUAAAAGGAUUUAGCAUUAUAUAAAUAUGAUUAAUGAGAAAAUGGAUUUAUCAACCGCCAAUUCAGGUUAUUGAAAGCCUUUUAUUUUCUUUAUAAAUUCUUUUAUCGGAGGAAAAAAAACGCAUGAAAUUUUUGUAUAAAUUUUUCCAAGACAGUCUGAUUAAAAUGAAAAGAAAAUAUGUACUUGAUUUUUUAUCCCUCCUUUCAUUUCAACUUCAAAUGCUGUGUUUCCGUAUUAUUCCAGUAAAUUUAAUGAAGAAAACUGAUGCGUAAUGGAAUAUAAAUAAGAACAAUAAAAUAUUGAAAAAAAAAAGAAAGAUAUCGAGUGACAUUUUCACUGUUUUCUGCAUUUCUUUUUCUUUAUAUUGUGCUACGUGUCCAGGAGAAAUGACGCAAAUAAUUCACGUUAAUAAGUUUUCUGUUUCACGAAACUUUUUAUCACAUUGUAUCAAAUUUACAAAGUGUUUUAUUUUCUUUUUAUUGAAAUAUUAUAUACUGCAAUUUUUUUGAGAGAGAAAGAUCGCUAAGAUAAGUGUGAGAGAAAAUAUUCUUUUUCUAGAUAGGAAUCAUUUUUGACGUAAGAAUUAGGGCUUAAAUGUAAAAUGUAACAUUAUUCGUUUUAAAAAGAGAAAAGAGGAUUAGUUAAUGAAAAUAGUUCCACUUUUUACUAUUAAUUGAUUAAUAUUCCGAAAUAAAAACAAGUAAUUGUAAGAA